CUGUCGCAAAGCCAUACACCAACCAUGUCUUCGUACAGAACCGUAGCUAUUCUAGUUCUCUUCGUCGCCUUGGCUAACGCCAAGAUCUACGACAGGUGUGAAUUCGCCAGAGAGAUCCAGACCUAUGGGGUACCCUACGAGCAAGUCGCCGUGUGGACCUGCAUAGCCCAGCACGAGUCCGAGUACAACACAGCAGCGGUCAACUGGAGUUCUGGGGACCAUGGGAUCUACCAGAUCAGCGAGCUCUAUUGGUGCUCUACUUCCGAUACACCUGGAGGCGGUUGCAACGCUCUUUGUUCUCAGUUCGAGGACGACUACAUCGGGGACGACACAGCUUGUGCACAGCUCAUCUACGGACAGAUGGGUUUCCCAGCGUGGACCACUUAUCAGUACUGUAAUGGAGAUGUAAGUUCAUACAUUGCCGGGUGUUGAUUUGGUUUGAAUUCGUCUUUGUAAUUUGUAAAUAUGUAAAUUUGAUUGAAUAAAGCAAGCUUGCACAAUA